CAGAGAUGGAUGUAGCGUACGACCACAUCCAGGAGGAGAUCUUCUCCUCCAACGAUGCCUCGAAGAAGGAAACGGACCAGAACGAGCCCGCCAAGACGGAGCGCUCCAACGUCGAUCUCAACGCCGAGCUUCAAGAAACAUUCCGCGCCUUUUCCGCCAGCCCCUGGGGUGCACGCAUCGGUGGACUCUGGGAUAACGUCCGCAAGCAGGGCGAGAACUAUUAUGAGGGGGCCCGUCAGGAGUAUGCUGCUGCCAGCGAGGAGGCCGCCAAGGGCCUUUCUGACCUGAGGAGCAAUCUCGUCGGGCGCACGCGGGGUCUCUCCUUGAGCACGGCGUUCAGCUCAGGGGCCAGCACCACCGGCAAAGACGAGACGUCUACGCCGACCGGUACCUCCUCCAAGGUCGAGGCAGAUGCAUCGUCGACUGUUGGGGAGAAAAGCCUCAAUGCCGGCGGCGCUGCCGAUGCUUCUUCAGCUUCGGCUUCCAAGCCGGGUGAGGGGUUCCUUUCCCGCUUCAAGGCCGAGGCAGCCCGUCGACUGAAAGAAAUCGAGAAGGCAGAGGAGGCUGCCGAUGAGGCGAUCUUGCGCUUUGGGAUGAACAUCGGCCAGAAACUGCGCGAGGCGGUCAGCAUCGUGCCUCCGAGCAGUGAGGGUUCCGGAGAUAAGCUCCUGUUCGAGAGCAAGGACGCGGAGGGCAAGCGGGUCAUCCACGCCACGCGCUUCGAGGCUCAGCUGCACGUCAUUCACUCGACCCUCGAGAGCUUCACCAACGAUCCGGUCAGCGAGCUCUGGCCGGCGUUCAAGCAGGAGUUCAUGAUCGCGGAGAAGACCGAGGCGGUCGCGGCCGAUCUCGAGAAGUAUCCUGAGCUGCGCUCGGCGAUGGAGAAGUUGGUUCCCGAGAAGGUGGAAUACGCUACCUUCUGGUGCAGAUACUACUUCCUUCGUCUGGUUAUCGAGACUGAGGAACAGAAGCGCAAGGAACUUCUGCAGGGUGCAACCGUCGAUGACGAGGAAGUGAAGUGGGACGAUGACUCCGACGAGGAGACCGACUCCCCGUCCACCCCUCAGGUCAAAUCGAACACUACUGCCACCAUCCCCACCACUACUACUCAGACCGCCACCCCUGUCCCUGCUGCUGCUGCUGCUGCCACCACCGUUACCGCCCCCGCCGCCACCACCACCACCACCAUCGUGAAGACCGCCAACCCAACCGAGCCCCGUCGCUCCAACGACCAGCAAUCCCAACCCGACAGCGAAUCCAGCUACGAUCUCGUCAGCGGAGCCACCAGCCGCACCCCCGCAAGCCCCAAGGAGAAGCCCAAGGACGAUGAAAGCGACGACGACUGGGAGUAAUUGUCUCUUUUCGCGUAAAUCCACCCAGUAGCAUUCCGCGUUUUUAAGUCUCUCCUCCCUACCUUAACCGCAUACACCUGACCGCUGGCUGGUCUGAAGGAUUCGAAAUCCCCUUCCUACUAUUACCUAGUCCUUUUUUGCAAGGAGUUUAUGGCUGCCUGUUCUCAAUUCCAAACUCUUUGAUUGUGAUGGCGUUAAGAAUCCCCGUUUUGAUAUCAUAUCUCAUUUCCCCUCAAUUCUGAUCACGUAUUUGUCACCACCCCCCC